AUGACGGCAGAGCAGGUGGUAGCAACUGAAGAAUGGCUCAGGGACAAGGCACAGUUGAGUAACGUCAGAUCAGAUGAGGUGGAGAAUCUGUCACUGCAUGGAUCCUACCAUGAAAAAAUUGUCACUCUUGGUGAUUCAUUGUUGAAUUUCAAAAGACUGAAGUCAUUAGACUUGUCAAGAAAUGCAAUUGUCAGUCUGGAGGGUUUGGAGUGUUUACAGGAACUGGAAGAAUUAAGCCUGUAUUUUAAUAACAUUCAGACUUUGAAAGAAAUUUCCAGCUUGCGCCAUCUGAUCCAUUUAACUGAACUAGAUUUACGGCUAAAUCCAGUUACACGCACCGAGGAGAAUUAUAGGCAGUAUGUAAUUCGCCUCUUACCAAAUCUGCAGAAAUUAGAUCUCAGACCUGUCCGUGCAGCAGAGAGAAAUCCUGCCAAAUUUGACUUCAUUUCACAAGAACAAUAUGAGACAUUAGAAGUAAAUAAAAGGGAGAAGAGUCAGCAGAUGAAGAAGGUCUUCAGCUAUGACACAGAUGAGCAGAAUUACGUGAAUCGAGAACAGAUGUGCAAUUGGGAUGGAGCAUCUAAUAAUCAAAGUGAUCUCAGACCUGUCCGUGCAACUGAGAAAAAUCCUACUGAAUUUGACUUCAUUUCACAAGUACAAUAUGAGACAUCAGAAGCAGAUAAAAAGGAGGAGAGUCAACAGAUAAAGAAGGUCUUCAGUUUUGACACUGAUGAGCAGAAUUACGUGAAUCGAGCACAGAUGUGCAAGUGGGAUGGAGCAGCUAAUAUUCAAAGUGAUCUCAGACUUGUCCUUGCAACUGAGAAAAAUCCUGCCAAAUUUGACUGCAUAUCACAAGAACAAUAUGAGAUAUCAGAAGUAGAUAAAAAGGGGGAGAGUCAACAGAUGAAGAAGAUCUUCAGUUAUGACACAGAUGAGCAGGAUUACGUGAAUCGAGCACAGAUGUAUAAGUGGGAUGGAGCAUCUAAUAAUCAAAGUGAUGUGAAAUCACAUACCAAAUCCAGGAGCUGUAAAACUAUCGAUGAGGAUGACAGUACCAGCAUUCACAGAUCAAGAAUGCUUUCUACCAGCCAAAUGCUGCAUUAUGGAACAUCAUCUGCUCACCGCCUUGUUGAUCAACAACAGUUAUUAUCACCCAGCAACUCUUUAACAUCCCUUCGUACAACUUGUUCAAAGAGAAGCUUUACUGACAGAAAGGAAACUAAACAUUUGAGAAUUGGACAAAAUCGGAUUCAGCCCAGUGAAGAUGAUUACAAAAUUCAGAUGAUUACAAAACCAGUCCGUUCCUCUUUCUGUUCUGUUGGGAAGAAUGUUUGUAAUCGAUCCAGGGAAGAUUUGAGAGUAUCAUUUUCAGAUGAAAUUCCGAUUGAAAACAGUAAGCUAAGCAGUAAAAGUAUCCUUGAAGAUGACAGUGCCAGCUGUCUCAAAUCGAGAAUGCCUUCCACCAGCCAAAUGCCAGAACAAGAAAUAUCAACUUGUGAUCAACAAAAUAGAGAAUCAGCCUGCUUUACUGAGCACAUCAAUACAGAAAUUAUGGGGAAUAAGAAUUCAGAAAGACAAUCAAAAUUUAGCAGAGCCAAUAUGGAAAGUACUGACUAUAGAUUAGAAGCAAGAAAGACAACCAGUUCAAAUUCUUUGCAGCCAAGUUAUAAUGGAAAGGUAACUAACACGGUUUAUUGAACAAAGUUAAAUUUUCCA